AUGGUGAACACUGCACUUGUUCGUACCGUUAUCGGCAUUAUAGGGAAUGUGAUCUCUUUCGGCUUGUUUUUCUCACCAGCGCCAACAUUCUAUCGGAUAAUAAAGAAAAAGUCCGUGGAAGAGUUCAAACCGGAUCCAUAUAUAGCAACGGUUCUAAACUGUGCGUUUUGGGUAUUCUAUGGGCUUCCUUUCGUGCACCCUCACAGCAAAAUAUUAUUUAUUUUAAAAGAUUUAUUAAGUUUAUUUAUAUUAUCCACAAAAGCAAAGGUUAUAAAAACGAAGAGUGUGGAAUAUAUGCCAUUUUGGUUAUCUCUAACUAACUUUCUCAAUGGAGUGUGCUGGACAAUAUACGCUCUCAUCCACCCUUUUGAUAUUUACGUCCUGGUAAGUAAUGGAAUUGGGGCCUUGUCUGGACUGAUUCAGCUCAUACUAUAUGCCUGUUAUUGUUCCUGUAAUAAUGGAGAGAAGAACGGUGGUGAUGGUGAUAACACUGUGUCAACUACAGUGGCUAAGGGAAAUAUUGAAUUAGUUUGAUGUAUCAUUCCAUGACUCUAACAACGUUCAAAUUUGGAAUUCCUAUGAUUUAGAUUUCUGAGAGUAGUAGUGCGUAAAUAGUGCUA